AUGGCGGCCAUCUCGACCUCGCGCAUCGACGCAUCGACCUCGUGGUUGCUGUUGGAGGACGAUACAGCCGAGGCGCGCCUGCUGACCCUGGUUGCUGACGUACUCGGCAUCGAAACGAGCGGUAUUCGGGCACACGACUCGUUCAGGAGCUUGGGAGGAGACGAGCAACGCGCGCUAGCGCUCAGGAGGGCUUGUAUGGAAGCUGGCAUCGAUGUAACGGUAAAGGACAUCCUUCAGUGCUCGACUCUCACAGAAUUGCAGGCAUGCGUCACAACCUGCGCGCCGCGAACUGGUCUCCCCCAACCCGACACGAUCGGGACCGUCAAGAUUGCUCCAUUAGAGCUACCCAAAACAAGCCAGAUGUCCAUGAACCCAGAGCCUAGGAUUGAUCACUCACGCAACUCGAGUCAGGCGAGUUGGACGGCACAAUAUGGGCGGAGAACAGAGAUUGAGCAGGCCCUUGGGACGCAGCCAGAGAUCGGGAGGAUAGCAACGGUACGACCAAAGGCAGGCUUGCUGGAGGGGAAGCUUGUCGCACUUCUCACCUUAUCCGCCAGCCAGCCAAGCCAGGCAAGUCCAGCGGCAAUCAAUCUCAUUCCCCAGUCCCAGGCCCUCUAUGCCGGGACUCAGGUCGCCUACCUCAAACGCGCUGCCGAAACUGCACUGCCGCCCGAUGCGCUCCCCGACUUGUGGAUUGUCCUCGACGCGAUGCCGUUGACCGAAUCGGGCGAUGUCGAUAUCCGUCGUCUCAGAACAUGGGCACAAAAUAUCAACGACAAUGUGUAUCACCAAGCCCUUAGCCUUGAACACCUUGAGACCAUGCAACCACCAACAACCGGAAUGGAGAAAUCGCUCCAGAGGCUGGUAAGCAAGGUCUUGGACGUCCCGCAGAGUCAGAUUGGCGUGAACUUCUCCUUCUCGCAACUUGGCGGCGAUGAGAUGACAGCCAUGGAGCUCGCAGCCCGGUGCAAGCACGAGUCCAUCUACAUCUACCCUUCCGAGGCGCUCGGGUCCGCAACUCUAUCAGAACUUGCUGUCAUUGCUGGGUCUCGGGGCGGCUUGGCACACAAGUGGGACGAGGAAACCUCGGAUUGUUUCGACCUGUCACCGAUGCAGCACCUGUAUUUUCAGACAACCAUGGGAGGUGAUUUAAAGCGAAGGCCGGUUUUGGAUGGGAGCUACCGCUUCAACCAGAGCUUGCUUUUACGGUUCAAGAAGCAUUUUGCUUUUGAGGACAUAUCGGCCGCGGUGGAGGCCGUCGUCGCCCACCAUCCCAUGCUAAGAUCUCGUUACGGCAGGGGUCUUAAUGGGUGGGUGCAACGGGUCUUACCUGAUGUUGCAGGGACCUACUCUCUAUGCCACAGCGCGAUUCGAUCCGAACGCGAGCUGGAGGACAUCAUCGAGCGGACACAGAUUUCCAUCAAUAUCGAGACUGGGCCUGUUUUUGCCGUCGACUAUCUCACGACCAACGAUGGGCAACAAUUAGUCUACCUUGCCGCUCAUCAUCUCGCCGUCGACCUUCCCUCCUGGCGCACCAUCAUCCAUGAUCUCGACGAGCUGUUGGAGAGCGGGAGCCUCCUAUCGCAGAGAUCCAUGCCCUUCCACAAGUGGGUGGAGCUACAGAAGUCGGACACGCUUGGCCCGGAUCCUAGGGAUCAGCUUCCCUUUGCCAUCCAGCCAGGUGAUUACGCAUAUUGGGGUUUGCAGGACGCCCCUAACAACUACGGCGAUGCCCUCGAGGCAAGUUUCUCGUUAAGUCAGGAGCUUACCUCGAUCCUGCAUACCUCAUGUAACCUUGUCUUCAGAACGGAUUGCGUCGACAUCUACCUCGCCGCUCUCAUGCUCUCUUUCGCCCAGACCUUUCAUGACAGACCCGUCCCAGUCGUAUGGAACCAGGAACACGGCCGAGAACCGUUGAAUCCGGACGUUGACAUUUCCGAAACAGUUGGUUGGUUCACGUCCCUCUGCCCGGUCAGCUUGGAAAUCGGGGCAUCAGACGAUUUCGUUGGUGUUCUUCGCCGCCUCAAAGACUUGCGCCGAUCGAUCCCGAAUCGUGGAUCGCAGUACUUUGCUUCGCGGUUCUACCACUACAAGAAGGAAGAAAUAACCGCAAAGGACUGGCCCUUCGAGAUCAUUUUCAGCUAUGCGGGCUCGCUGCAGCACCUGGAGCGCGACAACGGAGUGAUGGAGCAGCUCGCUAUACCUGGACGCACUCUCGCAUCGGCAACGUCAGAUAUAGGAGCGAACGUUGGCCGCAUCGCGCUGUUCGAGGUCAGCGCAAUGAUUGACCAGGGCAGUGCCCAAGUCAAAUUCCUUUACAGCCGCUUUUCCAAGGACCAGGCUCGCAUCUCACAAUGGAUCCAGAAUUACGAACAUUUCCUUCUCGAGGCCGUCAACAGGUUAAGGUACCACCCAGAGGAGCUAACCCUGGCAGAUGUCCCACAUCUUGAUGUUACGUACGAAGGCCUGGCAACCUUCAAUAAACAUCGGGCCGCCACUCUGAAGCUCACCAGCAUCCGCGAUGUCGAGACGAUUUAUCCUGUCACCGCAGUACAACAAAGCAUCCUGAUCAGCCAAGCACAGCGCCCCGACACGUGCUAUCUGCACGCUAUCUACGAGUUCGCGUCCCCUAAUGGCGAUCCUAUCGACAUCUCAAGGAUAUGCACAGCCUGGCAGCAAGUGACAAUGAGACAUGCCACCCUACGAACAGUUUUUACCGAGAGUGUUAGUGAGACCGGACUUUGGGACAAGGUCAUUCUCCGCCGAGCUUCCCCGGAGAUGCUCUUUAUCGAUACAGCCCCCGCAGAGGACCCGGUGUACGAGCUCAGCAAUCUCCCCAACCUCCGACCCAUUGACAGUAAGCCCCUUCACAGGCUUACGGUCUGCAAGGCACCCACCCGGACAUUGGUGAAACUCGAUAUAAGCACUGCGCUUUGCGAUUCGCUCAGCAUCCACAUCCUUCUCCACGACUUGCGACGAGCAUAUGCCACGGAGCGGGCUAUUACAGAGCCUGACGAGUUCUCUUAUCCCAACUAUCUCUAUCAUCUGAAAACCGUCCGGCAAGAAAGCAGCCUCGCCUUUUGGCGUGAUAAGCUCAAGGGCGUUCCCCCAUGCUCGUUCCCUCGGUUAACUAUCUUGCCCGACGAGCAACGGUUCGUCAAUGCCGGUCUGGAGCUAGACAUUACUUCCUACCAAUUAUCCGCUUUCACGCGAACCCACAAGACUACAGUUGAUGCCGUCCUACGGCUGGCAUGGGCCCUGCUAUUACGGUGUUUUACCGGCUCUAAUCAAGUGUGCUUUGGGUACCAGACAGUGGGACGUGCCGAUUCGAUACCCGGAAUGAAACAUGCCGUCGGCUCCUUUGCGAACACGAUAGCGUGCAGCUACGAGCUAUCAGCAUACACCCCCCUGACCGCGGCGCUGGAAAUGGUUGAGGAGCAGCUGCAAGCCAGCCUGCCUCAUCAGCACUUUACAAUGGCCGAGCUCCAACAUGCCAUGGGCAUGAAUGGGGGUGAACGCCUCUUCAAUUCGUGUCUCACUUUCACCGAGGAGCCAGCCGGACUGAACAGCAAGUUCACCACACGGACAAACUUCGAGCUCAAGCCCAUCUCGCUACAGCAGACAUUUGAUGUGGAUGUGGUGGUCAAUACCCGCUUCGCGGCCGGAAAGCUCGUGGUAGACAUUGGCCAGCGUGUCAUGGAUCCGGAACAGUCAAUCAAUGUGGCAAACACCUUUGGCAGGGCAAUCAGCACCAUCCUCUCCACACCAAACUCCUCCAUCGGCUUGGUUGACCUUUUUAGUGACAGGGAUUACGCCCAGAUUCUUGCGUGGGAUUCCGAAUCCCCGCCGCAGAUCGACAACCAGGUCCAGUCUGUGGUCCAUGAGCUCAUCUCGAAGCAGGCCGCCAUACAGCCGUCAUCUCAAGCCAUCUGCUCUUGGGAUGGGACCUUUACAUAUCUUCAACUCGAGGAGGAAGCCACAAGGUUGGCGCACCACCUUGUCGAUUCCGGCGUCGGGCCUCACUCGGUCGUUCCAGUGGUUAUGGAUAAGUGCAAGCUUGCACCCGUGGCUAUGGUUGCUGUCCUGAAGGCUGGCGCGGCGUUUGUGCCUGUCGAUUCAUUGGAGCUUGGCAUGAUCCAACCCAUAUUUGAGCGCCUUAACUCGAGAGUCGCCAUCUCCUCGGAGCAUGCCGCUCCGGUCCUCAGCAAUUUAUUUGACCAAGUGGUGAUCGUCACCGACGAGCUGAUGCAUCUCCUUCCGGAAGGCAAAGGACCGCUGACUUCAAUGGCUGCCCCGUCCGACCCGGCUUGUGUGCUUUUCCUCCCAACAUCGUCGAACGAGGCCCGCGGUGUCAGCUUCAGCCAUGCAGCGCUAUCAACUGCUCUUCUUGGCCAAGGGCCAGCCGCAAGGAUCACGCCCCUUAGUCGUGUUAUGCAGCUGUCGUCAUUCAACCACGACAUAUGCGUCACCGAGAUAUUCACCACCCUUGCCUACGGCGGCUGCGUGUGCAUCCCAUCUGCUGUAGAGCGGCUCCAGGACUUUGGAGCUGCCGUUAACAGGAUGCAGGUCAACUGGUCGUACAUGACGCCGCACCUGUCAAGAAAGGUGGAUCCGGCACUCCUGGCAUCUCUGAAAGUAGUGUGUUUCCGGACUCGGGGUCUCGACGAUGAUACCUACAAUAUCUGGCAUGGAAAGGUCAACGUGAUUUUGGCAUAUGGCCCACAGGACGUGUGCCCGUUAGGCAUUGCUUUUCUCGAGGCCCUCGGACCUCACCAUCUGAGGAGCAUAGGCCGACCUUUCGUAGGGAACCUUCUAGUCGUCAACCCGGACGACCACGGCAAACGCGUGCCCAUUGGCGCUGUCGGCGAACUGAUCGUUCAGGGACCAACUUUGGCAUUUUCCUAUCCGAACAGAGAAUCGACAAUGAUUCCGAUGUCGCCCUUGGGGCCCGCCGGGGCCAACGUUCGGUACUUCAAGACCGGACAUCGUGUGAGGUACACUCAAAGUGGACUGUUGGAGUUCAUCUCGGGCAAACGGGAUGAUGUCGAUGUCGAUGGCAAAGUUGUCAACGUAACCGAGAUCGAGCAAUACCUCCGCCGCUGUCUGGGUCAAGGGGUUGAUGCCGCCGUCGAAACGGUGAUUUUCCGGGGGUUGAAAAAUGAGAGCAUCAUUACUGCCUUCAUCGAGCUCGGCGACCGUCUCACUGGCGAUGAGGACCUCGCAUCGCUAAGCCCGGCAAUCAAGGAGCAGCUUGCCAUGGCGAAACAGCUGGCUGAGGUUGGGCUGAAGAAGAGAUUCCCCCCAUCCAUGAUCCCGUCCGCCUUUGUCCCCGUCAAGCAGCUUCCCGUCUCACCGUCACUCAAGGUUAACCGACGUCGUUUGCAUAAGAUGAUUGCUGGCUUGAGUAAAGAGGAUCUUCUGGGUCUUGCUGUCGCCCCAAAUGUGAACGACGCUAAGUUACAAUCACUGAAACCAUUACCCCUGACCUUGAACGAGGAGCGAAUGAGGGCGAUUUGGGCUAGGGUUCUUGGUGUUGAGGAAGCCAAGAUCUCUGCGCUCCACUGCUUCUUCGGUGCCGGCGGAGAUGAGAUCGCGGCUGCGCAGUUAGUCGCCGCAUGUCGGCAUGAGGGCAUCCAAAUCAACAUCGCCGACGUGAUUCGAGGAGCCAGCUUGACGGAGCUGUGCAAGAGUAUGGCCACGGCCGAGUCCCCACAAACAGUCCGCCAAGUAUCCCCACUUCCGCAGGAAACAUCACAAACUUCACCAGCACCAGCACCGGUGAAUCCCAAUAUGAUCAAGCAAGUGUUUAUUGAGAAAGUGAUUGCUCCCAAGCUUGGAAUUGACCCAAGUGCGAUCGGCGACGCAGCCGAAGCGUCCGCAGCCCAGAUCCGGUACAUCGAGACGGGCAUGCUCCGUGGCCGCGCAAAUAUCAACUACCUGAUCUUCAACUUCACCGGGGCUGUAGAUGCGAAGAAGCUGGAAGAGGCGUGCAAGACGCUUGCCUCGAUCCAUCCGAUAUUGCGCACUGCCUUUGUGGCAUACAACCGCAGAGUCUACCAAGCUGUGAUCAAAUCGAGCGAGAUCGACUUCCGGCGAACUUACUGCCCGACCUGGCGGCUUUCUGCUCAACUCGAAAAGGUCAUUAAGAAGGACCAGUCAUUGCCAGCCAGAUUCGAAACGCCGAUGACCAAGUUCAUCUUCCUCGAUGGCGGCAAGCAGUCAGUGUUCAUCUUGAGAUUGUCAAAGGCACAGUACGAUGAUCUCUCCGUUGCCCUACUGGUCAAGGAUCUCAAGAGACUGUACGACGGCUCCCAAAGCCCGCCUCGCCGGCCAACCUACUGCGAAUUCAUUCGGUGCACGCAGAUCGCCAACUCGAAUGCGGCUGAGGACUAUUGGCGAGCUUUGCUCGAAGGCGCCGUCAUGACACAAGUCGUUGCACACAGCCAACCCUAUCAGUUGUCCUCCAACAUCAAAACAAUCAGGAAUCCCAUGGUCCCUCUUGGGUCACUCUCCAGUCUAGGCAUCUCGUUUGAAACGGUCCUCAAAGGCGCGUGGGCUAUGGUUCUUGCAAACCUGUCUGCAUCCUCGGACAUUGUCUUUGGCGAGGUCAUUGAUGGCCGCCAUGUCAGACUGCCAGGUGGACACUCGGUUGCUGGUGUCAUGGGGCCUACUGUUAACGUGACUCCGGUCCGGGUGCAGUUCCCUGAGACUGCGCUGACUCCCUUAGCGUUGCUUCAGUACAUCCACGCGCAACGCAUGUCCAGCAUCCCGUUUGAGAAUCUUGGGACGCUCACCAUUGUCGAGAAGUGCACGCCUUGGCCUUAUUGGACCCGUUUUAGCACGUUAGUGCAGCACCAAUACGAAGACACAGCCAUUCUGCCAUCAGAGCCCAAGUCGUUCCACCUCGGAGCAGCUUCUUGCAAGUUCACUAUUAGCGAGUCCAGAUCCCAGGAUAUCCCUGACCUCUUUGUGCGAUCGGUUUUACGCCCGCCGGGUCGUGUCGAGGUCAUGAUCACUUUCUGUGCUGACCGGAUCCCCGGGCCCUUCGCUGAGCAUGCACUCAAAAUGCUGGGCCAAUCCAUUAGCCUUCUUACGAGUGUCAGUAUCAUGCAGCCCGUCAUUCCGUGCGGAUACCAAUACCGAGCCAUGAUGAAGAGGAUCCCAUUACCCCCAAGCGCCUCUCUCUCUACACAAGGCUCCGACUCUGCAGAGAGCAAAAUUCUGGCCUCCCUCAGUCAGGAGCAGAUUAAGGCAGUCCAAACUGUCAUCAAUGACACGUGGACAUCGAUACUCAACCCCCGGACACUGGGCGUGCCGGAAGCGCAAGUCCAUAACGCGGCCUUCUACGAUCUUUGGGGCAGCUUGAUCCCAGCCUCGCAGAUGACUAUGCAGCUCAACCGUGAUCUACCAAAAGUCAACGUUCCGGGUGCCGAUGCCAACCUGAAGGUGACAAUGGAGGAAAUCAUCGAGCACCCUACAAUGCUGAAACAGUUUGAGCUUAUCGCGUCCAAACUUAAGCCUCAAAGUGGUAAGGAGGCUCAGAAGGCCAAGGAGGCUCAGAAGGGCAAGGAAAAGGAACUGGAUAGGGGUGCGCCCAGUCCCGUUCCUUCACUGCAGUCCCCGAAAAAGAAGCCUAGCAUGAACGUUUCCGUACCUGCGACCUCUCUGAGCAGCCGCAUCCGCCGCUUGGCCAGCACGGUCGCUAGAACGAACUCACCUCCCACCUCGGCCGUCAAGAUCGUGCCAAACUCCCCGCCGCCGGCCACUCCCACCUCCCCAGUUGCAAUCGGCCUUGCUUCGGCCAUGGUCGCUGACCUGUCGCCCUUGUCGCCCAGAAUUAUCGGCAGCGUGCAACCAAGUCCCAGCCUAUCCAGCACACUUGGUCCCCCGCGCUCACCAGCCCCUGCUGGCAUCGCUGGGGUUGCUGCUGCCACAGUCAACAACAACAACAACAACAGCAGCAGCCCCAUUCCCAAUGCGCCGCCUCAACUCCCGAACCUUCCCGCAUUUGACCCCAUCGCCGAGGAGGCGGAACCGAGCGACGGGCAACCAACCAUGGCCCUGGGGGUUAGCACCAGCCCGGCCGUCCUGUUCACCCCGAACAGCUCGGCGGAUAGCAUGACGGAGGGAAGCACCGCGAGCAGCCAUCACAGCGGGGAGCGGGAGCGGGAGGCGAUUGCGGGCACGGCCGCGUCUGAGCGCGAGAGAGGCGACAGAGAUACGCUGGGUCCGCUGCCGUUCCGGGCGGUGGCGGUGGCGGCAGGGUCGGUAGCAGUGUCGCCUAGCACACCGAUGCUGAACGGGUCCGGUGGCGGGGGAGCCGAGGAAACUGAGGAUCUGGUGAGCCCCCUGAGCGCGAUCACACCCAAGAGCGGGCCCCGCUCGGGCUGGAUGCUCAGUGCUGGUGCUAGUUCUAGCAUUGGAUCGGUGGUGUCAACGCCGAGUCCGGUCACGCCACAGCAGCAGAGUACUAGUAGGUUUGUGGGAGGAGCGGGCGGAAAAUCGGGGUUGUCGCCUGUCGUGGGGUGA